CUUUUGCGCUAGUGCCUGUUAAUCUUCGAGACAUACAUAUCAUCAGACAACAGUAAGUUGAGGAUGGAUAGAGCAAGAAAAUGGAAUGGUUAUCGAAAUGCGUGAAUAGUCUAUACCCAUCCGCUUGUCCAGAUGACUGUGCUGCAUCCUGUCUACCAUCACUUCAGACGACAUCAAUACCUAGCGUUUCACCUGCCAGCGACUGUCAGGGCUGCGUCAAGCCCUGUGCCUUGCAUCCCAUUGUCCCCACCCAACUCAACAUUGACCAAUCACGACCCCUUUACAACACUGUGCCGGGUUAUGCGGUUCAUUUCAUCAUUCUGACUGGCAAAACUGACUGGCCACCACAUAUUGAAGACGACGACGGACUAGCACGAGCGUUGAUUGAAGCAAUCAACAAGGACAACAAAAAGAAACAGCGAUGGCAGCGCGACGAUCCAAACCGGUUUCAUCCGAUCCGGUUCGCGAAUACGACGCAACAGUUGGAACAAGAUAAGGCGAGCCAUCGGAUUAUGGUGACAAACGCGUCUCUCCCAUCACGCUUCUCUACACAACGGAACGCACAUGAUGUGAUCCUGAUGCCAGAUAACGUUAUCAUUGCCAAUGUUACUCCGCGACGUGCGACGGCCUUGUUGGACUUUGUCUAUGGAUGCCCAUCUGGAUUCGUAACGCACCCUUCGCCGUAUAUAAACUUGUUGCUUGUGUGUGGUCAUGCACGCAAGGAUAAGCGCUGUGGUACCAUAGGCCCAAUGCUCCAAAAGGCACUAGAAGAUGCAUUGAGGCUGUGUCAGGUGGAGGCUCAAGUGGCUCUUGUUAGCCAUCUCGGAGGCCAUGCGUUUGCAGGCAAUCUGGUGGUUUAUACCCAUCAAGGUCAGCGAGCUAUUUGGUAUGGUCGAGUGACACCGUGUCAUUGUCUGGAUAUUGUCCAACAAUCGGUGGCUGAGGACAAAGUCAUCCAGCAAUUGUUACGAGCGGUCUUCCAAGCUGGCUGCGCAAAGGCACAGCAGCAGCAGCAACAACGACAACAACCCCAGCCAUGCGCUCCUUCGUUACUUGACUGGUGAUUGCACUUUUAAAUGCUAGUGCUAGUAGUAGUCUGCCAUAUGAAUAUACCUGUAUUACAAAGCAAAUGCGGUUCUUUUUACCUUGUUGACUGUUGUCUCACAGUGAUUUACUCUCCCUCCUGUGCUCUCUCAGCUGUCAUGCAGCGCCGUUCACGCUAAACCCCACCGGAAGUCACCUCUUAUUUGUACCUUUCCAAAACUACUACUAUUACUACUACUAUUAUUGAAAAAGAAAAAAGUAUAGCAGAUGUUCCUCAACAAUGAUGCUUCUUUAAGCCCUUAGUUGCUAUCCU